AUGGAUACGAAGUUGAGUGUUACAGCAAUUGUUUUAUUCUUAUUGCUGGCUACGUUUGAUACAGCUCAAUCUACAGUCAUUGAUAUAAAACAAUUUGGUGGAGCUCCAAAUGCAGAUAUCACACAGGCUUUCGUAAAAGCUUGGAAUGCAGCAUGUGCAUCAACAACUCCAAGCAAAAUUGUGAUUCCUGGUGGGACAUAUAAGAUGAAUGCAAUAGAUGUCAAAGGUCCAUGCAAGGCUCCCAUUGAAGUUCAGCUUGAUGGCAUAAUCCAAGCACCAGCAAACCCAAAUGCACUCAAUGAUGCUUAUCAAUGGGUUAAAUUUGGAUAUGUUGAUUAUUUAACCUUAUCAGGAAGAGGUACUUUUGAUGGUCAAGGAGCAACUGCUUGGAGACAAAAUGAUUGUGGAUUAAACAAGAAUUGCAAGAGGCGUUCAAUGAAUUUUGGUUUUAAUUUCGUAAAACAUGGUCUUGUUCGGGACAUAACUUCAAAGGACAGCAAAAACUUUAAUGUUAAUGUUUUGGGGUGCCAAAAUUUCACAUUUGAUGGCUUCGUCAUCAGUGCUCCAGGAAACAGCAUCAAUACUGAUGGAAUUCACGUUGGAAGAUCAACUGAUAUAAAAAUUAUUAACACAAGAAUUGCUACAGGAGAUGACUGUGUCUCAAUUGGAGAUGGAACCAAAAAUUUACUUGUCCAGAAUACGAUUUGUGGACCUGGCCAUGGCUUUAGUGUUGGAAGCCUUGGAAAGUACACAAAUGAAGAGCCUGUAGAACAUUUGGUAAUCAAGAAUUGCACUUUGAAAGGUACUGACAAUGGUGUGAGGAUUAAGACUUGGCCUAGUGCUCCAGGAACUUCUCCCGUUACUGAUAUGCAUUUUGAAGAUAUUAUCAUGGAUAAUGUCCUGAACCCUGUAAUUAUAGACCAAGAAUACUGUCCUUGGAACCAGUGCUCAAAACAGGUUCCAUCAAAGAUAAAGAUAAGCAAGGUUACCUUCAAGAACAUUAGGGGCACUUCAAGAAAUAAGGAAGGGGUGACUCUUAUAUGCAGCAGGAGUGUACCAUGUGAGGCUGUGGAACUAAGUGAUAUUAAUCUUACAUUCAAUGGAGCUCCAGCAACUGCCAAGUGUCUUAAUGUGAAGCCCAUAAUUACAGGAAAGGCUCCUCGUUGCGUAGCUUAG